UUAUUAAAAAUCCGCGCGUUUUUUAUUCUUUUUGACAUGUAUUUGUUUUCUCAAUGUUUUUUUUAUUUUUGCUUUAUUACAUAUAUAAAUUAACAUUUCUUGCUUCCAGUGUUGUUUAGUAACUACAAGUUAUUUAGUUUGAUUAUAAUAAUUACAUAAAGUAAUAUUGUUUUGUCAUCGUGCUUUCUCAAAUUCCCAUUACAAUUACUUUCUCAGUGAUCAUCCAUUGAAAUAUUUUCAUCCCUAGUUAAAUAAAAAAUGGUAAAGCAGCAGUAUGAUGCUAAUUUGUUACCAGAUAUGUUACCCAUUUACUAUACUAGACAUUUUCCACAAAAAAUAUUCUGUAGAUGGCUCGCUUAUGGAUGUAGCCCUCAACCACUUUCAAAUAGAGAAAUGUCAUUCACAUUAGCAGAUGAUGUUUAUUUGCGAUAUUUAUCAAUAAGUAAUCAAAAGGAAUUGCAAGAGUUGUUGCAGAAAAAAUGUCCUUAUAAACUGGAUAUUGGAGCUGUGUAUAAUACUAAGCCAUCAGUGGGACGUCACAAUGCCGUUGUACUUGCUAGAGAACUGGUGUUUGAUAUAGAUUUAACAGACUAUGAUGAAAUUCGAACUUGUUGCCAAGAGGCCAAAGUCUGUGAAAAGUGCUGGCUUUUUAUGGUCAUUGCCUGUGAAAUUAUUGAUAAAACUUUAAGAGAGGAUUUUGGUUUUCAAUGUAUAUUAUGGGUGUUUUCUGGUAGGCGUGGUAUACAUUGUUGGGUCUCUGACUAUGAGGCUAGAAUACUGGACAGCCCUGGAAGAGGAGCUAUUGCUAGCUAUCUGUGUUUAAUAGCAGGUGGAGAAAAUCAAAGUAAAAAGGUACAUUUGGGAAAUGAAAAUUUACAUACAAGUAUUAGACGUUCUCUAAAUAUCAUAGAUAAUUAUUUUGAACAACUUCUACAAGAACAAGACUUUUUUGCAACUUCUGAAGGUUUAAAUGCCUUUUUAAAACUAAUACCCGAUGAAACCUUAAGAUCGCAAGUGGCAAAAAAAUUAGAAAAAUUACCACAAUCUUCUCUGGAGAGGUGGACCUCGUUUGUGAGUACGUACGAGGCAUAUUGUAGAGAAAAUGGAAAUGCUAUGCGCAAGUUGAAAUAUCUCACAGAAGAAAUUAAAAUACAAUACUGCUAUCCUAGACUUGAUGUAAAUGUGACUACAGGUUUUAAUCACUUGUUAAAGUCUCCUUUCAGUAUACAUCCCAAAACGGGAAAAGUAUCUAUUGUAUUUAAAUCUAGUAACGUUAAAAACUUCAAAUUGGAUGAAGUUCCUACUAUUAAUACAUUAUUAGAUGAUAUGUCUACAGAUAGUUCUGUCCAUCAAAAUAAUAUGAAAGAGGCAGUUAAGACUUUCCAAGAAGUUGUGUUUUUAUGCGAAAAAACGGAAGCUAUGAGGAAAAGAAAUAAUGCUAAUACUUCGAUCGAGUUUUGAAAAGUGUAAAAUUAAUUUUGAUUAUUUACGAUCACACAAGUAUGUAUCUAGGCAGAUAAUGUAACAUAAUAAAGUAUGUUUUUAAA